UUCAUGAGAGCGAAGGAAUCUACAGGUGAAGUGAGGGGAGGAACAAGAAAAACUGGCGCUCAAAAGCAGAGGCCAAGAGAGGUGCACUUCUGCAAAAAAGGGGCGCGAGACGGCGAGCUCCUGUAGAUUUCGCGCCGCGUCACGCGCUUUGCAUAGUUUGCCGAAGGACAGGACGGUUGUCACGCGUCGCUGCUUUGCGAGAAAGAUGUACUUUAAAAAAAAAAAAAAAAAAACAAAACAAAACAAAAAACUUUGUUUUUUUUUUUACAAUUCCUGUAAUUCUUUGAAAUCAGUUUCAUACUUGUCUUAGGCUGGUAGUAAUAAUAAUACGUUGUACUUGCAUGACUUAGGAUUUCUAUUGUUGUAUAUUUGACAAGUGAGGUAACCCACGACCUGAAGCCUUGCUCAGCAGCUGCAGCUGAGUAGCUGAUUUUUUUUAAUUUAUUUUUGUUUUUACCUCUUUUUCUUAAUCAAAUCAGUUUUAAAGCAAGCGACUGAACUAGAAAUAUCAACCAUAGAAGUAAACUUUCUGCUCUCUGAUCUGAAAGCUGGACUUCCAACUCAGUCAUACUUCUUCAGGUCCAUAUUUUUAUUAUUCACAUCUGACAUAGAGGGACUGGUGAUUCCCGUACCAUGAGCCUUCAGCCUCGUAGGAUCCGGCUCAAGCCGUGGCUCCUGGCCCAAGUGAACAGUGGCAGAUUCCCAGGCCUGCAGUGGGUCAACCCGGACCACACAUGUUUCCAGAUCCCCUGGCACCAUGCUACGCGUCACCACCCCUUGGAGGAGGAGAACACCAUCUUCAAGGCCUGGGCCCUGGAGACUGGGAAGUAUCAGGAAGGUGUGGAUAGCCCAGACCCAGCUAAGUGGAAGGCUAACCUGCGUUGUGCCCUAAACAAGAGCCGAGAAUUUAAGAUAAGGUUUGACGGCACAAAAGAGACACCCAUCCAGCCCUACAAAAUCUACGAGAUCUGUGACCAACCACAUAAUGGAGUUUCAGAUGCAGUUGAUGAAGAUGAAGAGCUUCCAAAUAUGAUGAACCUCAGCAUUGACAACCAGCCUGUUGACCUGUCUAAUUACUCAGCCUUCCACAUGGACUAUGCAGACCACAGUUUGCCAGUGGACAGCUUGGCAAACACAGGAUAUAUGUAUGACAGCAGCAGAGCAGACAAGACCGAAGGGAAUACUGGAGGGACACUGGAGCAUGAGCAGCCUGCAGGAGAAGUGGACAGGCAGCCCUGCAUCUAUGAUCUCCUCAGCAAUCCGCACAUGUUGCCAUUGACGGAUCUGGACAUCAGGUUCCUGUACCGAGGCCAGACGGCUGGGUCGCUCACUGUCAGCAACCCACAGGGCUGCCGUUUGUAUUCUAGCCAUUUGGAAGCCAUGCCAGAUCAGGUGGACCUGUUUGGCCCAGUGGGGUUACAACAGGUCUUGUUCCCCAGUGCAGCAGAGAUCCCCAAUGACAAGCAACGUCUCUACACAGAGAGCCUGCUAGGCUGGAUGGAUCGUGGUCUCAUCCUGGAGAUCCAAAACCAGGACAUCUAUGCUGUUCGCCUCUGCCAGUGUAGGGUGUUCUGGUCUGGACCUAACUUCCCAGAGCAAUCCCCACCAAAUCCCAUGGAGAGGGAGAGAAGGGUUGAGGUUUUCAACCUGAACAACUUUCUCCAGGGAUUGAUUUUAUACCUGAGACAAGAAGCUCCAGCACUGCCUCCCUUUGAGAUCUACUUCUGUUUUGGAGAAGAUUGGCCUGACCAGAAACCCAAAGAAAAGAAGCUAAUCUUUGUUCAGGUGAUCCCAGUGGUUGCCCGCAUUCUAAUGGAAAUGGUCUCAGGGGAGUUCUCCUGGUCGCUAGACAGCAUCCGCCUACAGAUCUCCAACCCAGACCUCAAAGACCAGACAGUGGAGCAGUUCAAGGAGGUGCAGAGGCUGCUGCAGAGUCACUAAUCAGACAGCCCAUGGAUCACCAUCUUUGAGUGGAGAACAAGUGAGGCACUCAAGCCACACCAGCAUCCAGGCCACUUACAGCCACAAUGAGCAAAUAUACAAUCCAUCAGUGGAAUGGUGGAUUUCAGGAACAAUAGUCAGCAGCCAAAACUUAUAAUGGAAUUAAAAAUUAAUGAAAAAGAUAAAAACAAUAAAUGUAUACUUAAAUGUACAUAUGCACAUACCUCUGUGUGCACACCAGCAUUUGAAACAUGUGCCUCCAGAAGAGCCACACACGUAGACUUAUUACAGCUCAUGUCAUACAGUAUAUCAGUCAAUUAGAACAAGCCUAGCAUGCAACCCAUGCUCAGA